GUAGCAUCUGAUUCUUAACGAAACGUUCUUGAUAUGAUAUGUUCUUGGUCAAGCGGAGAAAAAAAUCCCCGGAAUGAUCAACUAUACGAACAUAGAACGGUUCUCCCGCUCAGGGUUCAGUCAGUUUGAUUUUAUUCCCGACACAACUACCUUCGAUAUCAAAUUGUGAUUGUGAUUCUUGGAGCAUAAUGUUGCGAUUAAUCUUUUUGGCUACAUUUUUUUUCAAUGUAUGUUUAAUUUCUUCAAGCUUGGGUAGCUCAUCCACGAACACUAUCGAUGGAUUAGGCUUUGGAUUCGAGUUAAUCCUUGCCCGGUUGGAGCAACUUGAAUCGAGGGUCAUCACUCUCACGGAACUAGUAACGCAAUCGAACAAAUGUAACCCAACUGAGAACGAACCAGUAGUUCCCAUCAAGAAAGCUGACAGUUCAAAUGAGUAUACAUCCUGUUCGGAUGUUCCUCCUAAUCUACCUUCAGGAGUUUAUCGCAUCAAGCCAAAUGCCGAUCAGGAUUCGUUCGAUGUGCUUUGUGACAUGAGUACUCAGGGAGGUCGUUGGACGGUCAUCCAGAACAGAUUCGACGGAUCGGUUGAGUUCUACCGUAAUUGGACCGAAUAUCGACAGGGAUUCGGUAAUGUCAAUGGGGGAGAAUUCUGGUUGGGACUUGAUCGAAUUCAUUGGCUCACGAGUAUGGCCAAAAAGCAGAAGAUUCUAUUUGAAUUAACCGAUUUCAAGGAUACCACUAAAUUUGCCGAGUACAGCAGUUUCGCUAUCGGCAGCGAAGCUGAGCUUUAUAUUCUGAAAGAGCUGGGUCAAUAUUCGGGAACUGCCAACGAUGCCAUGGAAUUCCAUCGGGGCAUGAAGUUCUCAACCUUCGACCGGGACAACGAUAACUUUAGCUCAAACUGCGCUCUAACGUAUCACGGAGCAUGGUGGUACAGCGGAUGUUACAAAAGCAACUUAAAUGGGCGCUACGAGAACUCACGCAGUGAUCAAGCAAUGCGAUGGAACGUUUUCAACUUACCCUCUGAAGGUCUCAAAAAAUCGAAAAUCAUGAUCAAAUCGAUUUAAUUUUUUUUGUACGGGACUUUCAUCCUCCGGGAUGAUUCAUCCCUAUAAAAUCGAUUUAAUACUUCUUGCUUCGUAUAUAUUUGACAAUAAAAAAAA